AUGUUUCGGCCACAGCUGAGGCAGAUCUCGCUGCGCUGUGAGCGGGCAAAAUUCAGUCUUUCUACACCUGCUCGCCAGUUCUCCUGUACUCAUACAGUGGCCGCCGAAGAUCGAACCCAGCCAUCCGACAACCGUAAACCCAAUACCCGCCCUUCAUCGGCCACACCUUCCCACCGGCCUCGCAAUCCCAAUGGCCCCCCAGCUCGCACCAACCAGUAUCAAUCUCGUCCUCCUCGAGUGAUUGAUGCUAGAUCUUUUGCGGCGGCACGAGCUAGCGGUGGAGAGCAACCUAAGAUUAUCCGCAGCCCGAGAUCACGCAACGUUCGAGGCGGCAACCAACCCCCAAAUCGCAAACCCAAACCCUCCGCCAAAGCCGCCAAAGCCGCCAAAGUCGCCAAGGGUAACCGAAAUGGCACACGCAGGAACGCAAAAUCUUCCGAGAAUGACGAGGGCGAAGAUGCCGAAGCGGCGGCUAUCGACGAAGUUCUGCAGGAGCAAAUCAUCAAAUCCCGGCCGACCCCUAUUCGCUAUGAGCCCCAGGAGGUCAACUACUCUACUUUGAAAAAGACCUGGCCUUCAAUUUCCACAGACCUGAACUCACGUUCGGCUGCCGUCUAUGAAAAGCUUUCCGGCCUGGGCGGCCGCGUUGCCAAUGGCUAUAUCCCGCCCCAUGAGCUUGGAAGACGCCUAUGGAAGGGCCAGAGCGUUCUGUUCAACAACGAGAAUGAGAAGGCUGAGGCUUUGGAAGAGACCAAGCGACUGGCUCAGCUUCGUGCCGAUCGAAUUUCACAGCGCAAGGGUGACCUUGUGGAGCCUCGAAAUGUCGAGUUUAGUCCCAUUGACGCAAAAACCACCAAGUCUCUCAUGGCAACGUUCGUCCAGGGUAACUAUCCCACAUGUGAAGUCGGGAAAGAUGGGCAUGCCGUAUUGGGAGAGGUGUUCAAGAACCUCCGGAAUAACGGGACCUACCAGACAACCGGGAAGACCUCACAGUUCAUGGCCAAGAUUGAAUCUCUUGUCUCUGCUGGCCGCAAGACCAAGGGCGCCUAA